AUGCCCGGGGUUGUUGCCUCCGUCGUGGAGGGAGAAGGCGGUGUCGACCCUGAGGUCCCUGCUUUGGCCUAUGGCGAGGGUGAGGACGAUAACGAACCGGAAUCAAUCCAGAAGCUCCUCGAACCACUGUCGAAAGAGCAGCUGAUUAAUCUAUUAAGCGAGGCGGCUGGGAAGCAUACCGACUUGAUGGAGCGUGUUAACCAGGUUGUUGAUGAGGAUCCUGUCCACCGCAAGAUUUUUGUGCAUGGACUUGGCUGGGAAACGACCGUCGAUACCUUGGCCUCAUUUUUCCGCCAGUACGGGGUGAUCGAGGACUCUAAUGUCGUCUGCGACAAAGUUUCUGGCAAAUCCAAGGGCUAUGGCUUCAUCUUGUUCAAGCACCGAACCGGCGCUCGUCGAGCCCUUAAAAAUCCUCAGAAGAAGAUCGGGAAUCGAAUGACAGCCUGCCAAAUGGCGUCCGCAGGGCCUGCUCCGGCCCCCGCCCCUCCGCUAUCAGAGUACACUCAACGAAAGAUUUACGUGAGUAAUGUAUCUUCGGAACUUGAUCCUCAAAAAGUGUUGCAGUUUUUUGCUAAAUACGGAGAGAUUGAGGAGGGUCCUUUAGGCCUAGAUAAGCUGACAGGGAAGCCCAAGGGUUUCGCUCUCUUUGUCUAUAAGACGCCCGAUGGUGCAAGGAAGGCUUUGGAGGAACCGCACAAGAAUUUUGACGGCCACAUUCUGCAUUGCCAGAAGGCCAUUGAUGGCCCUAAGCCGAGCAAGCUUGGGCUUCAGUCACACAACCGUGGCCUGCAUCAUGGGGCGGCUGGGGGUGGCGCACAAGGAUCACAUCUGACCAGGGGUGAGACGGCAAGUUUUGGGGUGGGUGGUCAUUUACAAUCGGCUAGUCUUGGGCACUUGAUGGCUCCGGCCAACACAGGACUAGGAUACAAAAAGGGAAGUGCCUCAGGUGCAGCGUCAGGAUCUGGAUUCAAUCCUGGGUUUGGACAGAAUCUGGCACCAUUGCUCGCAAACCCAGGAGCAGGUUUGGGGUUGCCCAUGGGUUCUCUGCUUGUGAACAGCGGGGCACGUGGCAUGCAGGGUGCAUAUGGUAAUCAGCCUGCAGGAAUCGCUGGUAAUGUGAACCCUGGAAUGAUGGGUACUUAUGGAGGGCACACACCAAUACAAGGGGGAUACGGCAAUCCCAUGAUGGCUCAUGGGGCUGGUCGUGGAAAACAUGCCACGGGACAUAGGGGUGGCGUUUCACAUUACAUGCCGUGA